GGCUGCCUACAGACAGAGAAGCUCUUCACAUGGUUCCAUGUCGGUGGGCUCCACGACCAAAGCUGGUCCUCCCGUGAAUCGCCAGUUCUGGCUGUGAUGCGCUAGGUCACCACGAGUGUGAACACACGCUAUCUAUGGGCCUGCUCUGACUCGUCCAGCCUGCUUAUGGGGGAAGUCAGGCUGAUUUGGCAGGUGCCACCCCGGUUGGCGUCACAAGGUGCCCCGUGCUCUGCGGGCUCUCCCAGAAGGAGCUCGGCAUCACCCCCAGCAAAGCCAGGCUUGUCCUCCCGGACAGCGAGUCCUCUCUGCGCCAGAGUUUCCCCACUACCUGCAUUUUUAUCUUCUCUAAACGGGGAGAGUGACCAUCUGUCUGAGAGCCACAUCCAUCCGGCCCUGCCCGACCGCACAGAGUGGCUUUGUUCUGAGGUGACACCAUCUGGGCCCCAUCUGUCCUUCCUCACGGCACCCUCAGCACCUUGAGCCACCACCCCCAGCUACAUUUUGGAAGAAAGAUGGAGUCCAAGGUCUCAGAAGGUGGCCUGAACGUGACGCUGACCAUCCGCCUGCUGAUGCAUGGAAAGGAAGUUGGCAGCAUCAUCGGGAAGAAAGGAGAGACCGUGAAGAAGAUGCGUGAAGAGAGCGGGGCAAGGAUCAACAUCUCAGAAGGAAACUGCCCAGAAAGAAUCGUGACCAUCACGGGCCCGACAGACGCCAUCUUCAAGGCCUUUGCCAUGAUCGCCUACAAGUUUGAGGAGGACAUCGUUAACUGCAUGAGCAACAGCCCAGCCACCAGCAAGCCCCCGGUGACGCUGAGGUUGGUGGUCCCCGCCAGCCAGUGCGGGUCCCUGAUCGGCAAAGGCGGCUCCAAGAUCAAGGAGAUCAGGGAGUCCACAGGUGCCCAGGUCCAGGUGGCCGGGGACAUGCUGCCCAACUCCACGGAGCGGGCAGUGACCAUCUCGGGGACCCCCGACGCCAUCAUCCAGUGUGUCAAGCAAAUCUGUGUGGUCAUGCUGGAGUCCCCACCGAAAGGUGCCACCAUUCCCUACCGCCCAAAGCCCGCCUCCACCCCUGUCAUUUUUGCAGGUGGUCAGGUAAGAGCCGACCCGCUCUCGGCCUCCACUGCCAACCUCAGCCUUUUACUGCAGCCCCCGCCGCUGCCCGCCUACACGAUCCAGGGACAGUACGCCAUCCCCCACCCAGAUCAGUUGACCAAGCUCCACCAGCUGGCCAUGCAGCAAACCCCCUUUCCUCCCCUCGGACAGACCAACCCCGCUUUCCCCGGAGAAAAGCUGCCUUUACACUCCUCCGAAGAAGCUCAAAAUCUGAUGGGCCAGUCGUCAGGUCUGGACGCCAGCCCCCCCGCCAGCACUCACGAGCUCACCAUUCCCAAUGAUCUAAUAGGCUGCAUAAUUGGACGCCAGGGGACCAAAAUCAAUGAAAUUCGACAGAUGUCUGGAGCUCAGAUCAAAAUCGCCAAUGCCACAGAGGGGUCGUCAGAGCGCCAGAUCACCAUCACGGGGACCCCGGCCAACAUCAGCCUUGCCCAGUACCUCAUCAACGCCAGGCUGACGUCCGAGGUCACCGGGAUGGGCGCGCUCUAACCCCGCCGACGUCCCCACCGCUCGCCACCUGUGCAGACCGCCCACCCCCUUGCAGAUGUAGAGGUUUCUUUACUACAGAAGGUGUCUGUGCCCUAGAGAUGCACCCACAGCGCUCUGUGUCUGUGAGCCCCCGGCUCCUCCCCGACGCUGCUCCAAGUUCAUUCACGCCCGUCUCCUCACGCGUUGGCAUGCCGUGUUCAUUAUUUUAAAUGCUUUGGGGCCACUCCCAUCUGUGACGUUUUAGAAACGUUGUUCCUUAGUGUCCGUGUAACUGUUUUAAGACUUGGUUUGCCAUUUGGACGGCGCUUCCCGCAGCCGGCCCCUCCAAGCCCAGGAGCUGUGGCCGGCCGCAGGGAGCUGCCCCUCCCCGGUCCCUCGGCCUCGGCUCCCGUGGCCACGCGGGUCAGCGCCGGGCAGGGUGCACGUCUCCCUUUGUCCGAGGGCAGGAGAAAGGAAGGCUCGGGGUCCUGACCCGGGGUGCGGGGCGAAGCUGGGGUGCUGGGCCCCGGGCGUCUUCGGGGCUGAGAGUGGGGACCGGCCGGAGGCGCCUCCGCACCGCGUCCCGGCUCAAUAAACGUUGUGCGCUGCCCCUC